AUUGAAAAACGUUUUCCCUUCUCGAGCUUUCCGUCUCCACGUUUCUCCCUCCAUCCCUCCACGCUCUCUCCACGCAUUGGUUUAUCAACCUCAGCCAUGGCUGCCUUCGUCGCUGCUCCCCUGCUCGCCGCCCCCACUGCUACUGUCGGCUUCGGAGUGAAGUCCAGCCGCCGCGUGUCCGUCCGUGCUGAGGCGGCCAAGGGCGAGGUGGCGGUGGUGAUCAACCCGGCCAUCCAGAAGGACGUGGAGAAGGUCGUUGACGCUGUCGUCGUCGGCGAGCUUGAGAAACCCAUCACCGCUUACUGCAGGUGCUGGCGGUCCGGGACUUUCCCCCUGUGCGACGGUGCACACGCCAAGCACAACAAGGCGACAGGGGACAACGUGGGCCCUCUGGUGCUCAAGAAGUGAGCCAGGCUCAAGAGAAAGGGAGUCUAAAUGAAGUCUGGCUGGGCCUUCAUUUACUUCUCAUGUGCAGGCUGAUCUGGGCGGGCCCAUGCUCGAGCGGUGUUCUAGGGUAGGAGAUGUGAUGUGACGUGUAAUGCAUGCUCCAGUUGUGUACUUUCGUUUUAAUAACAGUACCCUUGCUCUGAUUGGUAAAAAAAAAUCUAAAAAAGU